ACACAGUCACAGAAAGAAAAAAAAUGGAGGGAAACCGUGGGAGCUCACAGCGCUGCGCUUUGUUACGAAAAAUCAGAGAGUUCACUCGAGCUAUAGUACAAGAUCUGAGCAUCGGACGGUCACCGAUCGUUCUCAUCGAUCGGUUCAGAGUUCACUGCACGAAUCCUCAAGCAAACUGCUGUUGCAGCUCUGUUUUGCCAAAUGGGAAGGAAAUUCUCACACUUCAAAGGGAAAACCAUGUGCAUAGGCUCGAUGUCUUGCUAAGAGUGCUAUUGAUUGUUCAGCAACUUCUGCAAGAAAACCGGCAUGGGUCCAAGAGAGAUAUAUAUUACAUUCAUCCAUCUGUAUUUUCAGAACAGUCAGUUGUAGACCGGGCAAUCAAUGACAUUUGCAUCCUUAUGCAAUGCAGUCGCCACAAUCUAAAUGUGGUUUCUGUGGGCAAUGGGUUGGUGAUGGGCUGGAUAAGAUUCUUAGAAGGUGGAAGGAAGUUUGAUUGCAUAAAUCGUCCUAACACAGCCCACCCCAUCCCUGUUCAAGUUGAAGAAGUCAAAGACAUUGUUAGUGUUGCUGACUACAUUCUAGUUGUGGAGAAGGAAUCAGUAUUUGAGCGAUUAGCUAAUGACCGGUUCUGCAAUGCAAACCAUUGCAUUGUCAUCACUGGAAGAGGCUAUCCAGAUAUCCCCACCAGAAGGUUUUUGCGGCUGCUCAUUGAAAAGUUGUGUCUACCUACCUAUUGUUUGGUUGAUUGUGAUCCAUAUGGCUUCGACAUUCUGACCACAUAUCGGUUUGGUUCAAUGCAAAUGGCCUAUGAUGCAAAGCAACUGCGUUGCCCAGAGGUAUGCUGGCUUGGAGUUUUUCCUUCAGAUUCUGAGAAAUACUGUCUUCCACAGCAAUGUUUCCUUCCUCUGACAGCAGAAGACAAGAAGAAAGCUGAAACUAUGCUAAAUAGAUGCUACCUGCAAAGAGAAGUCCCAAGAUGGAGGUUGGAACUAGAGUUGAUGCUGCAAAGAGGGGUGAAAUUUGAGAUUGAAGCAUUGUCUGUGCAUUCACUAUCCUUUUUGUCAAAAGAGUACAUAACAUCUAAGAUUCGAGGUGGAGUGCACAUUUAACUCGUCUGAAAUUUUCAGUGUACCUGCUAACAUCUGGGAGAACAUUUAUAUGAUAUCUGCAAGAUUUAAAAGUUAAAACAUAAUCUUUAAACAAUGUUUUAUAGGUAUAGGAAGAAGUCUAGUCAAAUAGAGCCCAAGAACUCUCUUUUGGAUCCAAGAAACGGCUCUUAGAGAUCUUUUUUUCCUUUUGGAAGAUACAAGAGUGAAACACAGCCUAUUGAUAUUGGAAGAGGCAAAAGAGUCUUACAAUGUAUCAUUUUUGGGUCCAAAGAAAUUCUUAGGUAUAGGAAGAAGUCUUAUCAAAUAGAGAUUUUUUCACGCAACCAUCUUCCAUUUGUUAAUACGAUAUAUAAGAAUCAAUGCUAAAAAUAGUACUACACUCUUGAUCAUGAA